UCUCUCUCUCUCUCUCUCGUUUUCUAAUCCCAAGGAGGGAGACGAGGCUAAAAGCACAGACGCUAGCUGCUCACCUCGGCGUACCUGAAAGGCCUGGGGGGGGGGUGAAGAAGCCUGAGACUUUGCUACCUUUCCUCGUCUUGUCCUUUCUCCUCUUCUCUUCUUUGAGCUAGCUGCUUCCUCUGUUGCUUGGUUCCAUGGUGGGCAUGGAGGGUACAGGCUGCGGCGCUUUGCUCAGAGAGCUUCAGCAAAUCUGGACAGAGGUAGGAGAGAGUGAGGGUGAGAAGAGCAAGGUCUUGUCAGAGAUAGAAAGAGAAUGCCUGGAGGUGUACCGCAGGAAGGUGGACAAUGCCAAUCGGACCAGGGUCCAGCUGCACCAGUCUGUGGCCACCAAAGAAGCUGAAGUUGCAUUGUUAAUGGCUACUCUAGGGGAGCACAAGCUGUAUCUCAAGAAAGACAAGAGCUAUGUAUCUCUCAGGGAACAACUUGCUGUUGUCGCUCCUGUACUCGACAACCUGAAAUGCAAGAAAGAAGAAAGGAUCAAGCAGUAUUACGAUAUUCAAUCACAGAUUGAGAAGAUACGAUCUGAGUUGAGCGAACCCAAUGAUCAGGGUGAUAAUGCAAACAGUACUGCUGCUGAUGAACAUGAUUUGUCAACAAGGAAGCUUAAUAGCUUGCAAGCACAACUCCGUGCUCUUCAGAAAGACAAGUCUGAUAGACUUCAAAGAGUUCUGGGGUACGUAAAUGAAGUGCAUUCUUUAUGUGGAGUCCUUGGGAUUGAUUUUGGGAAGACUGUAAAUGGAGUUCACCCCAGUUUACAUCAGAAUUGCGUUGGCCAGUCCAGAAACAUCAGCAAUAGCACACUGGAAGGCCUUGCUAGCACAAUAUCAAACCUAAAAGCAGAGAGAAAAUCUAGAAUCGAUAAGAUGAGAGACACAAUGGAAUCAUUAUGUCAGCUCUGGAAAAUAAUGGACUCUUCUGAAGAGGAGAAGAGACAAUUCAGCAAAGUAAUCAGCAUUCUCAUAACACCAGAAGAAGGAAUCACAUCCUGUGGUGUUCUCUCUCAGGAAACAAUUGAGAAGAUGGAAGCUGAGGUUGAGAGGUUAACUGAACUUAAAACCAGCAGACUGAAAGAAAUUGUUUUGAAGAGAAGGACAGAGUUGGAAGAUAUAUGCAAGAAUGCACACAUAGAACCUGAUCUCAGCACAGCCCCUGAGCAAACUAACACACUGAUUGAUUCUGGCACUAUUGACCCUUCGGAGCUUCUGGCAAACAUCGAAUCACAAAUACUGAAAGCAAAGGAAGAGUCACUAAGUCGAAAAGAUAUUAUGGACAGGAUAAAUAAAUGGAUUGCUGCUUGUGAUGAAGAGGCUUGGCUUGAAGAAUAUAACCAGGACUCGAAGAGGUACAGUUCUGGAAGAGGUGCUCAUGUCAACCUUAAAAGGGCUGAAAAGGCACGUAUUUUGGUCACUAAAAUUCCAGCUAUGGUGGAGAACCUGAUAAACCGAACCUUCGCUUGGGAAAAUGCAAGAAAUAAGCCCUUCCUAUAUGAUGGGGGACGGUUGGUGUCUGUUUUAGAAGAGUACAGACUUAACAGGUAUCAAAAAGAAGAAGAAAAACGGAGAUACCGGGACCAGAAGAAAUUGGAGAGCAUCCUACUUGCAGAGAAAGAAGCGAUGUUUGGCUCUAAACCAAGCCCAAAGAGGACAACUAGCAUGACUAGAAAGACAAACGGGUAUCGUUCAAAUGGAAGCAGUAAUGGGCUAAUGACUCCAACACCUAGGCGAUCAUCCCUUGGAAGUGCUACCCCUGAGCUUUCAACACCCAAAUCAUAUUCCAGUCGCUAUAAUAGAUACUUUGGUGAUUCAAGGAGGCUAUCAGUAUCACAAUUGAAUUUUGGCGAUGAUUCACUAUCGACAUUUACAUCCAUUAGUGGUUCUGAACCGGAAUCCCCUUCUAUGGGAUGAUUCCAGUAUUCCUGGUCAAUCUAUUGGGUCGAUUGUCAAGUAAUUAGCAUUGUAAAUGGAGCUUCUACGAGGUUCUUGUAUUUGUGUGUACAUUACUGAUGUGUUGUAUUUAGCUAGUAUUGUUGACUAGUGGAAGCAAGCACUGAAUUGGUUGACUUGGUUUGGGUUUGCAGUUGAUGUUCCGAGCUGAUGGCUCAAGUAGAUUGACGAUUAGGUGAAUGAUGUAGAGAGUGAUUGGGGGAAGUGACUUGUACCAUAUCAUAAUUUAUGUGAUUGGCCCACGUGUUGCAACCUUUCAAACAUAGUUUGAAACCUAUAUAGAGAUCCAUACUUCUGCAGUA